AUGGUUUUACACCAACACAUUCACAUAGCUCUAGGUGGGAAUGACGAUACGACCUCGGCGUGGCCAAGCAUAUCUGGCGUACACAGUGAAGUUAAACAUGGUUCGGCACGGCAACUGUUGGGCUCCAGUUUUAUGCGCGAUAGCAUCACGCUCCAACAGCAACACCAACAGCAUCUUUUCCGCUCUGGCGCUGGUGGUAGCGGUGGUGGCGGCGGGGGAGGGGGCUCACGCAGAAAAAAUCAGAAGCAGAAGGAUUCACACGACCAACAUCACGUAAACGCUAACGGCGAGGACAGCUUCCAUCCCUCAGACUUCCCUCCACAUGAACAUCCCGAUGACGAGUACUUCGGCCAAUACGCGCCUGAACUCUAUACCACUGAAUCCCAACAGUCGCCUCAUGAAACUAAUCCUACUUCCCAAAAUAAUGCUGGUGGUAGCUAUUACGGUGAAUCAACAAGACACCGUGAUAUUGGUGCACGUAGCGGCAGCAGUCGCACAGAUCUCUAUGGAGUACGAGAAUCUGGUGAUCGCCGCGAAAUAACACGUGGACGUGAGGGUUAUAUGAAUAUGCUGCAUCACAAAGAAAAAGUAUUUCGACCGCAUGUUUCGCUCGUGCACGAUGAGACACGGCUAUUGAGUCCCAAUGAUGGUUACGCGCAUACCUGCCAGAAUAUGUGCGGUGAGAUGCAAUGGCAAUGUCCCACAACAUGUACCUGUAUUGACCAAAGGGCACGCUGCGACAAGAAAACGGAUUGCGAAGAUGGCGCCGAUGAAUUCGAUUGUGAGGUGAUCGGCGAUAUGCUGCAUAAAUUGCAGAAAGAUUGCGAGCAGACGGGCAUGCAUGUGAUGUGUCCACGCACAUAUCGCUGCAUCAACAAGGAAUGGCUGUGCGAUGGCGACGAUGACUGUGGUGACUAUUCAGACGAGACACACUGUGGUGCGCGCACGAAUUGUACGGAUGAUGACCAGUUUGAAUGUCAGAAUGGGUUUUGUAUACCUAAGCAAUGGGUGUGCGAUGGCGAAAAUGACUGCAAGGACUUCUCCGAUGAAGCGCACUGUAAUCGAACAAGUUGCUCUCCUGAACACUUUACCUGCAAUGACGGCUAUUGCAUUUCGAUCGCCUUCCGCUGCGAUGGUGAACGCGACUGCAAUGACAACUCGGAUGAGCAAAAAUGUCCCUCGGUUUUCAACCGCUGCCCGGAAGGUGAAUUCAAGUGUCGUGGUGGUCACGGAGGUCCAAGCGGGCAAUGCAUUCUGAAUCGCUUCCAUUGUGAUGGUGACAACGACUGCGGUGAUUGGAGUGACGAAGAGGAUUGUCCACAAAAGCCGUCCGAUUGCACCUCCAACGAAUACAAAUGCACGGAUGGCAGUUGCAUACCACGGCGUUGGAAAUGUGAUAAGGAACAGGAUUGUGAAGGUGGAGAAGAUGAACACGACUGCGGAAGUAUGAUCGCCGGGCUGCCAGCGAAGUGUGGACCGGACGAGUUCACGUGUAACAAUGGACGUUGUAUACUGAAUACCUGGCUUUGUGAUGGCUAUCCGGAUUGUUCCUCUGCUGAGGAUGAAGUAGAAUGCCAUCUGCAGUGUGAUGCCGGCCAAUUCUUGUGUCCUGCCAAGAAGAAUAUAACGAACUUGAAAAUAUGCGUACACCAAAAGCACGUUUGCGAUGGGCAGAAUGAUUGUCCUUUAGGCGAGGAUGAAGUGAACUGCCCACAUCCGCGUACCUGCGGUGAGAACUCACCUUGUGAGCAAUUAUGUAUUACCACCGCCAAAGGACGUGAGGAAUGUGCUUGUAAUCUUGGAUUUCUUAUGCACGAAAACCGCAAGAAUUGCACUGACAUCGAUGAAUGCCAAUACAUCACCAGCCCGGUUUGCUCACAAAAGUGCCAAAACACACACGGCUCCUUUAUUUGCUCGUGCGAAACGGGCUACGUACUGCGCCCAGAUUUGCGCACUUGUAAGGCGCUCGGUGGCGCCAUGACGCUUGUUGUGGCCAAUCGUUGGGACAUCAGACGUGUGCAGCUGAGUAAUAAUCGCUACUCGGCCGUGGUAAAGGGACUGCACAACGCUAUAGCGAUCGAUUUCCAUUAUCGCAAAGGCUUACUCUUCUGGUCGGACGUAUCUACGGAUGUAAUUAAGAUGGUCUACAUGAAUGGUUCGCGAUUGCGUGAUGUCAUUAAAUGGGGUUUGGAAUCGCCUGGCGGAUUGGCAGUCGAUUGGAUACACGAUCUGCUCUUUUGGACUGACUCGGGUACGCGCCGUGUAGAGGUUUCCAAUUUUAUGGGAAAUCUGCGCGCAGUUAUUGCAUCAAAUGAUCUGGAUAAGCCACGUGCCAUUGUUAUACACCCUGACGAUGCAUUGGUGUUCUGGAGUGACUGGGGUCCAAAUCCAAAAAUUGAGCGCGCUUACAUGGAUGGUUCGCAGCGGCAAGUCAUUAUUUCGAAUGGCGUAACGUGGCCUAAUGGCCUCACUAUCGAUUACCCCAGUCGCAAACUAUAUUGGGCUGAUGCGAAACAACAUGCCAUUGAAUCCUCGAACUUUGACGGGACGGAGCGCGUAAAAAUACUCAGUACUCAUUUGCCGCACCCUUUUGCGCUGACAAUUUUCGAGGACACCAUGUACUGGACCGAUUGGAAUACAAAAACUGUAUCGGCAGCCAAUAAAAUCACUGGAAAGGGGUUCCGUUCGGUGCAUGAGAACUUCCACUUUCCUAUGGACAUACACGCUUACCACCCAGCACGACAGCCAGAAUAUAGGGACCGCUGCCAAAAGGAUAGACGAGGGCUGAGAGGGGGCUGCUCUCAUUUGUGCCUGCCAAAUAAGCUUUCGCGGCGUUGUGGCUGUCCCAUCGGCCUAUCGCUCAAGGAAGAUGGUAAAACCUGCAAAAGUAUUCCUGACAAAUUGGUGCUCGUGGCACGUAGGAAGGACAUUCGCUUGCGUCAAAUGAAUACCAAGUCAUCAGCUACAGCCGAAGUAGAUAUGAUAUUACCAUUAGAUUAUAUGAAACAUGCUGUGGCACUGGAUUGGUGCAGUGAAACCGACUUCAUCUACUGGACCGAUGUGGAACGUAGUACGAUCAAUAAGGCUCAUCUCAAUGGUAGCUAUCAACAGCGUGUCGUGCAUUCCAAUCUUGUCUCACCGGCGGGCUUGGCACUAGACUGGAUUACUGACAAACUGUAUUGGACUGAUCCAGCGACUAAUCGCAUUGAAGUGGCUACCACAAAUGGUAAAAAACGUACACUACUCAUAUGGGAGAAACUCGACAAGCCGCGUGACAUUGUCGUGAAUCCGAUAGAGGGUCUAAUGUUUUGGUCGGAUUGGGGUGAGCACGCCAUGAUAGAGCGUGCCGACAUGGACGGCAACGAACGAAUAAUCAUCGCCGAUACAAAUCUGAAGUGGCCAAAUGGGCUGGCUAUAGAUUAUGAUCAGCAAAAAUUGUACUUUGUGGAUGGCGGUACAAAGACAUUGGAAAGCAUGGACUUUGAUGGUGGCAGGCGUAAAAUCAUACUAGGCAAUCUCGGUCAUCCAUUUGGUUUGGACAUCAGCGAAAAUCGUGUAUUCUGGACAGAUUGGGAUAAUAAAUCUGCAUUUAGCGCUGACAAACUCACCGGCCAGAAUAUUACAACAAUUAUUGCUAAUACCAGCGAUUUAAUGGAUAUACGCGUAUUUCAUCGCUCCCGCAGGAGGGUUCAGAAUGCGUGCGGCUCUAACAAUGGCGAUUGUUCACAUCUCUGCCUGCUAAACCCAACCAGUUUCACCUGCGCAUGCCCUGUGGGUGUACAAUUAAGGAGCGACCUGCGUACGUGCGCCGAGGGACCAAGCAGAUUUAUUAUCUUUGCUCACCGCAUUGACAUACGGCAAAUCUCAUUGGACUUUGCGCAUUUCAUCGACGUUGUACUUCCAAUGCCGCCCAUUGGCAAUGCGGUCGCUUUAGAUGUGGACCCAACAACAGGCAUUAUCUAUUGGUCCGACUCUAAGCAACAUGUGAUUAUGAGUUCGACACCAGAUGGCCUGGAUGUGCAUAAAAUUAUAGGCGAGAGUUUGGAUAAUCCUGAUGGCUUAAUUGUGGACUCCGUUGGCAAAACGAUUUAUUGGGCUGAUGCAGGCCGCCACACCAUCGAGGUCGCCAGCUUGGAUGGUAAAAAUCGGCACUUGAUCGCCUACAAGGAUUUGGAAUCACCCCGUGGCCUAGCGUUGGACUACGAAGCGGGUCUGCUGUUUUGGACCGAUUGGGGACAUUAUCGGAAAAUUGAGCGUGCGCAUAUGGAUGGUGACAGUCGCCAGCGAAUUGUCACUUCAAAUCUCGGCUGGCCAAAUGGUUUAUCCUUGGAUUUGAAGACGAAACGUAUUUACUGGGUCGAUGCACAGUUGAAGACUAUCGAUUCAUGUGAUUACACUGGAAAUCAGCGUAAAUUGAUAAUGUCCUCACUGCAUCAUCCUUAUGCGCUGGCCAUGACUGAUGAUCAUAUCUAUUGGACCGAUUGGAAAUCAAAAGCUUUGCAUAUGACCGAUCGACGGAAUAUUACAGCCAAAAAGGAAAUAAUGACCAAUAUUGAUGGCUUGAUGGAUAUUAAAGUGAUAACGGUCAACAAAACUCAACCAGAGAACAUCUGCGGCACUAACAAUGGCGGCUGUUCGCAUCUUUGUCUACGCAACCCAACCGGCUAUUCUUGCAGAUGUCCAAUUGGGCUCAAAUUGAAGGAGGGCAGUACUAGUGAAUGUCAGACGCUACCAGAUGAGUACCUGCUGAUCGCUCAACGCUCUGGCAUCGGUAUGAUUUCACUCAAUAUGCCCGAUUACAUGGACGUCGUAUUGCCAAUCAGUGCUGUGCAUGGCGCCGUUGUACUCGACUAUCAUUUCCGUAAAAAAUGGCUUUUCUUCGCGGACGUAAAUACAGAUAUUAUUAGACGUAUAAAUCUCUCCAAUAUGUCUGAUAGCAAAGUAAUUGUAAGUAAAGAUUUAUUAACACCGAAUGGCAUUGCGGUUGACUGGAUAGCGGACAACAUUUACUGGUCCGAUACGGAUCGAAAGAUCAUUGAAGUGGCGCGUUUGAAUGGCACCUCACGCAAAGAACUCAUCACAGACGACUUGGGAGAUCCUCGUUCGCUUAUCGUGCAUCCACGCAAAGGGUACCUCUUCUGGUCCGACUGGGAUGCACCGGCACGCAUUGAACGCAGUUUAUUGGAUGGCUCAAAUCGUACGCUAAUUGUGACGGAAAAUUUGGGUUUCCCCACUGGUCUAACACUGGACUUUGACAACCGUCGGUUGUUUUGGGCUGAUGCGCUUGAAGACAAUAUUGCCUCAGUCGAUUAUAAUGGCAAGCGCCGCACAAAAAUUGUUGACUAUGCACCGCACCCUUUUGGUCUUACAAUGUUUGAUAACAGCAUUUACUGGACCGACUGGUACAACAAAUCUGUCUAUCGUUCGUUCCGUAAAGGCCGUGGUUACAGCAGUCCAGUAGAAAUACGCGAUGCUCUCAAUGGCGCGCUCGACAUACGCGCUGUUUCGAUUAAACGUCAGCCAGAGGAAUGGAAUCAGUGUGCCCAGGAUAACGGCGGUUGCACACAUCUUUGCCUCUUCCGCGGCUCGGACUAUGUGUGCGCUUGUCCCGAUGAACCCGACAACCGUGAAUGCAAGCCGACACCUAAAUUUGUAGUGCCGCGUCGCAGUGGUGGCGAUAACACAAUAGAUUAUGCAGAGGAGGCGACGGAUGGCGAGAGCGCCUCAACAGAGCAUGACGAAGAUGCAUAUGAAGCAAGGUCCAAGUCAAAUGACCGUGAGACCUUGAUACUCAUCGCUAGCGGUGUAGUCAUCGUGAUGCUUAUCCUGAUCAUCACUGCUAUACUAUUGCUAAUGUUCAAUUCAAAACGUAAUAAAACGAAAAGACACUCGCGUGGCUCUAGUCGCUCGGUGCUGACAUUCUCCAACCCCAAUUACAAUGUGGAUGGCACACCAAUGGAGCCGAAAACGAAUAUUUGGAAACGUUUUAAAUAUGAUAAAUCGCAUGAACGUGUCUACGAAGAGCGCAGCAUGACCACUGAGACUGCCUCGUCGAGCCUUUUCGUGCCGACGCCAUCGCCAAUGGCCUCGCCUUCAACCAAACUAACGACACUCUCCACAAUAACGUAAACCAAGGCACCGAGGGACCUACUAAAAGGUAGACAGACAUAUUGUAAAAACAAACAAACCUAAAAUAAAAGCGAAACGCUAAGAACUGCGCGAAUAAUUUACUAAAAGUACAGGCAGCAGUUUUUCC